UGUACGGCUAGGUCGUCGUGUGUCGGUGGUUUGGACUAUUGUCGAAUAAAAGGAAAGAUAGCCGGUGAUUUGGUGUCGAUUUAAAGCAGGGUAAGUGCCCUAGCUGUAGAUUGAUAAAGCGGCAGGUGUCGGGGGGAUAUUUCGUGGCGUAAACAGUCCGCGGUUUCGUUGCCGGAUCGGUUGUCUCGGUUUGACGGCUGAGGAAGGGAUUUUCGCGUGGCAGCCAUAUUUUCGUCACAUGCAACCUGUUGUUUUGAAAGCGUGGCGGAGUGAGUGCGCCUGCAGUGACUGAUCAUCGUUCAUUAUCGCCACUCUACCGAGGUACCGAGGAGAGCCUGGAUUCCCACCUGCUUCCCCAGGAUGAACGGGUAGGUCAGACUCUGGUUCUAGGAUACGAAUAGUUGUGUAUAGUUCGUUACGGCGUGCGCCUUAGACAAUCGACAGGAUGAUGAUGACCAAUCUUCCCCCGGUGAUGCUGCCCGCUCUCCACGACUACGGGAUCCUGACGCCAACACUAGGAAUAAAGAGAGGAAGCGACGAACUUUUGUCACAAAGCGGAGCCGUCAGUAAUGGUGCGGCAAUGAGCCCUCAACCGCAUCACGCCGCGGACAACAACAAUGACGCUAAGAAGGCCAAGCUCGACAAAAGUCACAAUGGAAAGCCGUCGAGGGUUAUCCACAUCAGAAACAUCCCGAAUGAGGUGACAGAGGCGGAAAUUGUUCACCUCGGGAUACCGUUCGGCAGAGUGACUAACGUCCUGGUACUAAAAGGAAAAAAUCAGGCCUUUUUGGAGAUGGCCGACGAGGGGGCUGCGGCCACAAUGGUAACGUAUUAUGCGUCCUGCGUGGCCCAGUUGAGGGGAAGAGCUGUUUACGUCCAGUUCAGCAAUCAUCGAGAGCUGAAGACGGACCAGACCCACAGCAACGCGGUCAGUAGUCCCACAAACAUCAUCGCCAACCCGUCCAACAACGCCAAUGCUCAGGCCGCACUUCAGGCCGCCCAAGGCCAGGGUGCUCAGAGUCAGGGUGGAGAAACUCAGGGUGGACCCAAUACCGUUCUAAGGGUCAUCAUCGAGCACAUGAUCUACCCGAUUUCCCUGGACAUACUUUAUCAGAUAUUCACACGCUUUGGAAAGGUUCUAAAAAUCGUUACCUUCACCAAGAACAGCUCUUUCCAGGCGCUCAUACAGUAUCCGGACAUGGUGGCUGCUCAGACGGCUAAAUUUUCACUCGACGGCCAGAACAUCUACAACUCAUGCUGCACUCUCAGGAUCGAUUACAGCAAAAUGCAGAGUCUCAACGUCAAGUACAAUAACGACAAAUCCAGGGACUACACUAACCCUACUUUACCGACUGGCGACGCCAACCUCGAUGCCGCUUCCCUCGCCCUCGGGGGUGAACUUCUGCCACAGCUUCUUCUCGGUGCCGCCGGAACGCAGCCACGCGCAAGAUUGCCAGAUGUGUUUGCAGGAGCCCCCAGCGUCCUGGCCUCCCCGUUUGCCGCCAUGCACGGCUUGGCGUCGCCUCUGACGGGUCCUUACAACGGCGUCGCGGCGGCCGGCGGCCUCGCAGGACUCGGUGGUUUCACCCUCGGCGCCGGAGGACUUGGCGUUCGAGUUCCCGGCAGCCCUCAGCCAUCGUCAGUUCUUCUCGUCAGCAACCUCAACGAGGAGAUGGUCACGCCUGACGCUCUCUUUACCCUGUUCGGCGUGUAUGGUGAUGUACAACGUGUGAAGAUCCUUUACAACAAGAAAGAUUCCGCACUCAUUCAGCUUGCUGAACCGCAUCAAGCACAUUUAGCAAUGACGCAUAUGGACAAGCUCAGAGUAUUUGGAAAACAAAUCAGGGUGAUGCUCAGUAAGCAUCAGGCAGUGCAGCUCCCUAAAGAAGGCCAACCCGACGCUGGACUCACUAAAGACUACACCAACAGCCCUUUGCACCGGUUCAAAAAACCCGGUUCUAAAAAUUACCAAAACAUUUACCCACCCAGCUCAACUUUGCAUUUAUCAAACAUUCCAGCAACCGUGUCCGAAGAAGAGAUCAAAGAUGCCUUCACCAAGAAUGGUUUUACAGUAAAGGCUUUCAAAUUCUUCCCAAAGGACAGAAAAAUGGCUCUGAUUCAAAUGGGUAGCAUGGACGACGCUGUCGUAGCCCUGAUUAAAAUGCACAAUUUCCAACUGAGCGAAUCCAACCACCUCAGGGUGUCGUUUUCGAAGAGUAACAUCUAACAAGAGAGGCUGUCCAGCGAGCCGCAGUGGUUCCAGCCCUACACCCUAGUUCAUUACUGGUACCCAAGUGCUGUAUACGACUGAUUGUUUGACGGAUCAAUUGGGUAAUCAAUUGAUUAGUCAUCGGUCGUUUUGCCGCAGUGAGUUAUACAAGCAGGAUCCUUUCAAAUUUCGGCUUGCAGCCGAUUCUAUCGCGUCAGCCGUGC